UAUGGUAAUUUCUUUCCGAGGACGCAAGCUGGUCAGAUAUUCUCAAUGAUGUACGCAUUUUGUGGUAUACCGUUGGUGUUCACGAUUUUGUUGGAAUGGGGCUUUCUGUAUUUCACAUGGAUUGAGUACUUCUGGAAAUGGAUCAACCAGAAAAUGUUCUCGCACAGUAUGGAAGCACAUCUGAAGAAACGUAUUGCCAAAGAACGGUAUAUUAUUUGCGUAUGA